GCGGCGCGAAUAAGUCGACGCUCUGUGGUGCGUUCAGGUGCCCGUUGUGAAUGAAGCCCAUUCAGCUGCACACUCGCCUCCCGAGCGGCUGCAGGUGGCGUUGCAGCGAGAGAGAGGCGCCCGACCACCGCCUUUGCACCAUCGCCAAGCACAACACCGCGCAACAGCAGCCGGCGCGGCAGCAGCAUCCUCCAUCGCCCGUGUCCACAAACACGCUUGUUUGUUUCCUCCCCUCCAUCGGAUUUAUUCUUUUCACCGAGAUGCUCGCCAGUUGCCUUCUAUGAGCGCCACGAAGCUCGUCUUCAUCACCAGGCGCAGCCAUUUGGACAUCCGCAUCAUCAUCAUCAUCAUCAUCAUCAUCAGCCCCCGUCUGGACAGCCAAAGCCUAAGCGAGACCAGGUGAUCGCAGACUCCUCUGAGGUCUCCUCGGUCCGGUCCCACAGCAGCAGCCAGCAGGCCGGCACCAUCCGCACCUUCUCCACGCUCCCCCCGGCAGGCAGAACAAGCACCCCCCUGUCGCCAUGGGAACCGUGCUGUCCCUGUCGCCCAGCUACCGCAAGGCGGCCCUGUUCGAGGACGGGCCGGCCACAGUGGGCCACUACACGGCGGUGCAGAACAGCAAGAACGCCAAAGACAAGAACCUGAAGCGCCACUCGCUCAUCAACGUGUUGCCGUGGAAACGCAUCGUGGCGGUGUCGGCCAAGAAGAAGAGCUCCAAGAAGGUGCAGCCCAACGCCACCUACCAGAACAACGUGAGCCAGCUGAACUCCGAGAACCUGAAGAAGUCGCAGUCGUGCGCCAACCUGGCCUCCUUCGGCCAGGACCAGAGCACCCCCGCCCUGACCAAGAGCGCCGCCAACAACAACAACAAGGAGCCGUCGCCGGCCAAGAAGGCGCCCGCCCCGGCGCCCGGCACCCCCAAGAGGGUGAUCGUGCAGGCGUCCACCAGCGAGCUGCUGCGCUGCCUGGGCGACUUCCUGUGCCGGCGCUGCUACCGCCUCAAGCACCUGUCGCCCACCGAGCCCGUCCUGUGGCUGCGUAGCGUGGACCGCUCUCUGCUGCUGCAGGGCUGGCAGGACCAGGGCUUCAUCACGCCGGCCAACGUGGUCUUCGUCUACAUGCUGUGCCGCGACGUGGUCUCCUCGGAGGUGGCCGGCGAGCACGAGCUGCAGGCCGUGCUGCUCACCUGCCUCUACCUGUCCUACUCCUACAUGGGCAACGAGAUCUCCUACCCGCUCAAGCCCUUCCUGGUGGAGAGCUCCAAGGAGGCCUUCUGGGACCGCUGCCUGUCCAUCAUAGACCUGAUGAGCGCCAAGAUGCUGCAGAUCAACUCCGACCCGCACUACUUCACCCAGGUCUUCGCCGACCUCAAGAACGAGAGCCAGAAGGAGGAGGAGCGCAGCCGCCUGCUCAUCGGACUGGACCGGAGGGCCAUCGCCUGACCGGCGCUGGCGGUCUCGCAGCACUGACGGAGACAGCCGGCAGGAAGCCCCGCCCCCAUCAGUGGACUUGUGGCGCCCAAUGAGACAGCCAAGCUCGUCCCGGGCCAGGCGCUCCUUCUGGAGGACAAAGGACGCAGUGUUGCAUUGUGGGACUUUUGGCCAGAGGACGACAAGCUUUUUUUUUUCUCUCGAUUUUUCUGGAUGUUUGGAGGUUUUAUUUACUUCUGGCUUUUCCUGGAACAAACUCAUCUUUGUCACCUUUUUGCACGCCACACUUGAUGAUUUAGCUCUGCUUGCGUUUUGCUACUUCUUCUUCUUCUUCUUCUCCUCCAAGGUAGUUUGCUUCCAUGUUGAAUGGCCGCCAUAUCUUCUCACUUCUUGUGACCAUCUUCUCUUUGAGGACGUGAAGAUGGCUGCCAGGGAUUUAUUCUCUCAUCUGAAACGCCUUUAUGGCGGGAACAACCUUCAUAACAAUAAUAAGAUCAAUCAUGUUAGGACUAGAAGGAAGAUUCCGGCAUUAAAACACAAAUAGUUGACGUUUGUCCAACAAUCACAAGAGUUAUUUUGCCACCAAUCGUCCCCUCAUGUGCCAAAGUGACUUUGAAGGAGGUUGCAAGCAUCAAACGUGUCUUUUUCAGCAUCAACAUUUCUCCACGCUCGCUUUCAUCAAGGACAAACCUCCUUUCCAGAUACGCUGCAGAGAAGGCUUCGCUACACGUCGUACUCGGCCAUGUCCACAUGCACACUCUCAAAGUGCUGAUUGUUCAGACUUUGGUCUUCAACGUCGUUUCCACCUCCUGACUACUAUCACACCAGAAGUAGCAAGUGGAACGUUCUGAAUUAUGAGAUCGUGUGGUCUAAAUGUACAUGCAAGAAAGUCGAAAGAUUGAGACAAAAAUGAAUAAUUAUGAGAUAAAAAGUCAUAAUUAUGCCAUAAAAAAAUCAUAAACUAUGAAAUUAGAAAGUCAGAAUUUUGAGAUAAAAGACAUUGCAAUUAUAAGAUAAUAGUAAUUAGAUCAUAAGUCGUUAUUAUGGGAUAAGAAAGUCUAAAUGAUAAGAAAUUCAUAAUUAUGAGAAAAUAAAGUCUAAAUUAAGGGGUAGAAAUGCAUAAUUAUGAGAUAAGUCGUAGUUAUGAGAUAAGAAAGUCAAAAAUUAUGAGAUAAAAUGUCACAAUUAGGAGAUUAAAUGAUAAGAAAUUCAUAAUUAUGAGAAAAUAAAGUCUAAAUUAAGGGGUAGAAAUGCAUAAUUAUGAGAUAAGUCGUAGUUAUGAGAUAAGAAAGUCAAAAAUU